AUGCCCAAAAAAGUCGAGCGAACACGGACUUUCACAGGUUGUCGAACAUGUCGUUCGCGCCACGCAAAAUGCGACGAGGCUCAGCCUGAAUGUGGGACCUGUAAACGACUGGGGCUUGCGUGUGGAGGCUACGGAGCGCGGCUGUUUUGGAUCAGGGAUGAUGCUGUUCGUCCGGACCUGCAACAGAGUCAUCGGGGCUCGGAGUAUCGGUAUCCACUAUUCUCCGAGAGCGAGAGACGGUUGAUGAGUGAUGAGUUAAAAGGGAGCUUGGGGAAGAGGACGGCGUUGGCGUUAUUGGCGGAUAUUGAUUCUGCGUGUGAGAAGAGUGAUGUUGGAGAUGCGCUGAUGAAAGGUCCUUUUGGGGUCUUUCAGUCUGUUGAAACGAAGGAGUUGACAUUGGAUACGAUUGAGUGCUCGCCGGAUACUAAUACUGAUAACACAUCGACGAGCAUGUAUGCUGAGACCGACGGUUUCAUUGAAGAGAUUCAGCGAACAGAUUGGCCGGAUCAAUUGCCCGAAGACGACCUGGAUAUCUUUACACACUCGUUGGAUGCAAACUUCAACAUCAAUCCUGAAGAGAUGACAGCGGGUGAUCAGAUGAACAUGCAUGAUUCUAUGGCAAACUUCUUUGUCGAUGAUCCAAUGGGCGCUGAAGGGUUAGCACUCUUCAGUCCGGGCUUCAUAUCCCAAGUCAUGGGCAACGAUACUACCGCGCAAGAAGAUUCUAUCGACCCAAGUCUACAAGUUCCAAUGAACGAAGUCGUCCCAUACCCAAGAAAUAUCACAAGCCACUCCGGCCUUCCAGAAGAAGCAGAGCCAUUACUUCGCCACUACAGACAGCACAUCGCCGGCCAACGCUCGACAAUGCAAGCAAAACGCAAGUCUCCUUGGGAGAUUAUCUUUCUUCCUUGCGCGCUUGAGACAUUUGCUGAGCUAUCGCUAUGGAAUGAAGCUUCUCACACCCGCUCGUCGAUAUUUUAUACUCUUCUUGCUCAUAGUGCACUGCAACUUCACAUGUCAAAGGCACCGAAUUCUUUAUCAGCGGAUUGGAAAGAAAUCGGGUUGAAGAAUCAUGAGCGAGCGCAGAACCAUCUUCGGCAGGCAUUGCAGCAUGAGAUGUUUGGACCGAGACAGGCGAGUUACAAGGAACUUUUGAUGGCUAUCCUCGCCAUGGCGAUGACUUCAUUACACAACGGAGCUCGUGCAUUCCGUAUAUUCCUCCUCGACGCAGAACGCCUCAUCCGUCUGCGCGGUCUAGCAAACCAAGCCCAAAACCCCUUCAAAUCCCGUCUUCUGCACCACAUGUACACUCAUCUUCGUGUGAUCGCAGAGAGUAUAUCCCUCUGGAGCGAGCCUCUCCCCGAAAGCUCUUCAGAGAUCCAAGGCCGUGAGCAAUUCCGAACAUUCCGUAUCACCGAAGAGGGUUUGAACAUGGGUCUUGAUCCCGCUCAGGAAAAGACCGAUGAGCUUGGAUACAAUGACAUCCAUCUCGAAGUUCAAGGUCGAUGGACUCAAACUCUUUAUCCAGUUAUCUAUGGAAUACCCGAGUCGCUUAUGACGCUCUUGUCACAAACAGUCUCGUUGUCUAAUGAGAAGAACCGUCUUGAGACUGUUGCACGCUGCAAUCCUUCAAUAUCAGAAGCACUCUCCAAACAUACCAAAACCCUUGAAAACAGGAUCUGGGCCUGGCCUUCAACCCUCGAUCCAACAGAACCCGUCAAGAUGCCAACAGGUGAUGAAGAUCUCGUCCGCCAUCCUCAAGUCCGCUCCAUGACACUCGCAAUUCACCAGGCGUUGGUGAUAUACUUUUACCGAAGAGUCUACGACAUGAACGCCAUGAUCCUUCAAGACCUUGUCCGAAAGACUCUGGAGUAUCUUGAGCCGUGCUUGAGUGAGUUGAUCGAUGAUCAGGACUUCGCGACGAGUUUGGCAUGGCCGGCUUUCGUGGCGGCUUGUGAAGCUGUGAGUCCGGAUUUGCAGGAACGAGCGUUGAAGUGUUUGGGGGUUACGGAUGACAAGGGCGUAUAUUUUACGAAUAGGCCGGCUGGGGUUGUAGUGCCGUUGAUAUGGGAGAGGAGGAAGCAGUCUGGGGAUUGGACUACGAGUUGGCAGAGUCUUGUUCAGGAGAGUCUAGCUUAG